AAGCAUGGCAGUUGCGUCAGUUCGUUCGUUUGGAACGGAUGGAUUUUAACAGUAAGAUUUAAAGUAGUACGAGAUACGAAGGAAAUUAAAAAUGCAGACGUUACUGCUGUUCACCAUUAUUCUACUUUCCAGUACGAUAACCGCGACGGUUAUAGAAGACCGUCAUCAUUGGCGUAGAAUAGCGAUGGAAGAUUUGAAAAAGUCUCUUUCGUAUAAAUGGAAUACAGGUAAAGCGAAAAAUGUAAUAAUCUUUGUCGGUGAUGGUAUGAGCCCCGACACGAUAACAGCCAGUAGAAUUUAUAGAGGUGGUGAAACAAGUCAUCUCACUUGGGAAAGAUUUCCGCAUGUUGGUUUGCUGAAGACGUACAAUACGAACAAACAAGUACCGGAUUCAGCAUCCACGGCAACCGCAUUAUUCGGGGGAGUUAAAACUAAUUACAAAGUUGUUGGCGUCGAUGUGAACGUCGAAUUAGGAGAUUGCGAGGCCAGCUUAAAUGAAAGUUAUCACGUUGAUUCUAUAAUCUCUUUGGCACAAGCUUCGGGCAAGGCUACAGGAUUUGUAACGACUACUAGAGUGACUCAUGCAACCCCAGCACCGUUAUAUGCCCAUUGUUCUGAUCGACGAUGGGAAUGCGAAGCAAAGAUACCAAAAAAUAUAACUGCUUGCAAAGAUAUUGCGAGACAGCUUAUAGAGGAUGAACCUGGUAGGAACAUCAAGGUAAUAAUGGGUGGCGGUAGACAGACCUUAAAGUCAAACGUAAAGCCUGGUAAAUACGAUCCAAUCGAUACGUGGGCUUGUUACAGUACUGACGGUCGAGAUUUAAUAAGGGAUUGGGCAAAGGAUAAACGAAGGAGAGAUCUUUCCUACGAAGUGGUCGAAAAUAAUGAACAAUUGUACAAGGUAGAUACAAAUAAGGUCGAUUAUUUGCUUGGUGUAUUCGCUAAUGGUCAUAUUCAAAUGGAUUGGGAGAGAGAGAAAGGUCCAGAAGGACAACCAAGUUUGGAAGAAAUGACCGUAACUGCUUUGAAGAUCCUUCAGAAAUCGACUAAUGGUUAUCUUUUGAUGGUCGAAGGUGGAUUGAUCGAUUUCGCUCAUCAUCGUGGACAUGCCGCUCAAGCUUUACGAGAAACCGUUCGUUUUUCGGACGCCAUUAACGCUACUAUUAACAUGAUUGAUACUAAAGAUACUUUGGUUAUAGUAACUAGUGAUCAUACUCAUUCUAUGAACUUUAAUGGUUAUAGCGAUCGUGGUUCAUCGAUUCUGGGUAUUGCACAAAAAUCCAAAUACGACGGGAUACCUUACACGACCUUAACUUACAGCACUGGUGGUCCAAAUAAUGCAGCUUACACGAUAUCAAACAAGACUAAUCUUUUAACAAGAAUCGAUCCUUCUACUCAAAACACUACAGAGUUUAAUUAUAGUCAACAAGCUACUAUAGUAUCCGACGAAGCUUAUCACGGAGGAGGAGAUGUAGCUAUUUAUGCUAUAGGUAUUAAAUUCCAAUAAUUUCCUUAUGAUAUCCGCUUAUUAAUUCACUUUAUUAUUGCGAACGUUUAUGUCGUUAAUAGGUCCAUCGGCCCAUCUUUUCCAUAGCGUACACGAGCAGAAUUAUGUUGCCCAUGUGAUAAUAUAUGCUGCUGAUCUUGGAAAUUAUUAUACGAGUGGUAGCGGACAAAAUGCAAUAUCCAAUAUUUUUUUCUA